AUGAAUGGGACCUCGCUUCUCCUGAACGGGACACUGGAUUACGAGAGGAAGCGACUUUAUACUUUGACCAUAACGUCUGGAGACGGCAAAGAUACAACAAUCACUGUGAAUGUCGUAAACAUCAACGACGAAAUACCCUUCAUCCAGACUACCGGCCCCAUCGCUAUUCUGGAGGAGCAGCCAAUCGGAACAGUCUUGGGUGGAGUUUUCUCUGUGACUGACAGCGACGAAGGGGAUGCAUUAACAUAUGAUAUUGUGGUCUCAACUAUCUUCAUACACGAGUGCACAGAUGUUGAUACCGGAAGUAAUGGGGAGAUAACGCUUUCCAUUAAGGAUGGUGACACAGAUAAUCUCUUCAACGUCAGUGACAACCAAGUAAUUGUGGGUUCAGUCGACUACGAGGCAUUAACCCGUGACGUCCCAAUCUACUCCCUCACACUUGCCGUGUCCGACAACCCUCGGAUGGAGGCCAGGAGGACAGCAUACCUCAUACUGGUGGUAACGGUUGCACCUCGGAACGAGUUUGCACCUAUCUGGACUUCUCGCUCCCUUGAUAACAACACUGGUCAGUUCCCAAUCCUGUCCUUGUCCGAGAACGUCCGACCUGGAACAGUGGUGGUAACAUUCUCGGCCUCUGAUCAGGACAGGGGGGAAGAUGGUCGGGUCCGAUAUAGGAUAUAUACUGCUGUAUCUGAUACCGGAACAGAUUCCAUGGGCAUGUUCACGAUCGAUGACGUCACUGGAGUCCUAGCGACGUCGAGAAACGUCGACGCCGAUGUCGCUACAAACGGUAGUCUAUAUUACGACAUCACAAUCCGUGCCGAAGACUCCUCCAGCGUCCCUGAAUACGCAGCGGGAGUCCAGCGGAUCUAUCUGACCAACUACAACGACAAUCCACCCGUCUUCACCAAAUCUCUGUACACCAUCCAGGUAACAUGCUACAGUUUCAACGGCGACCUCGUAUCUUCCGUCGUCGCUAACGACAUCGACAAUACAAACCUCUAUUACAACAUCAACGGCAGCAGCCGAUACGUUUACGUUAACCUCACAAGCGGCGGGAUCAUAUUGAUAUACACGCCUGCGGAACUCGGCAUGAAGUACGUCACUUCCGAUAUAUUCGUGGUCAAGGUCACGGACAGGGGGAAUCCAGAGCUUACAGACUACGCCGUUGUCUACCUCCUCUUCACCGACUGUGACAGACCAACGGUAUCAACAACUACAACAUCGACCACAACAACAACUAUCCUGACAACUACAUUGGAAGAGGCCACAGAAUCGUCGACCAAUCGGACAGCUUGUAGCCCACUACGUGGUCAGGUUUUGGAGUUGUGGGCCACGAGGACCUUCUGUGGCAUGCUCGGCGUGGGGCUCGUGGGAGUAAUUGUGGCAAACAUAUGGAAUAGCAGGGCACGGGCUGCGACGGUAGCUGAUUCGAUGCUGUCGAAACAAAGGAAAGUCUCACCCAGGAGUGUCCUGGACAGAGGGAACACAAUGGAAAAGAAAAUCCGAGUACGUAACCUCAUAGCGGAGGAGACUAACGAUGGACCGCCAGGUUUCGGGAAAGACAUGCUUACCUCCAGCGCUCCAGUGGGUCAUCCCACUAUUAAAUAUAAUCCCUAA